AUGAACACAACACGUCCUCUUCAGCGAUUAGCUCGCGUUGUUGGCCGUCAGACUGUCAAGCCGGCGCUGUCGCGCAGCUUCGCCAGCUCUGUUCCGACGCUAUCAGGUGCCCGGUCUCCGCGGGGGUGGACGCCGACGCCGUUUGUUACUGAGACCGUGGGAGGAGGAUGGCACACAUACGACAUCUUCUCUCGUCUCCUCAAGGAACGAAUCAUUUGCCUGAACGGCGAAGUCGACGAGACCAUGUCCGCCAGCAUCGUCGCCCAACUCCUCUUCCUCGAAGCCGACAACCCGCAAAAGCCCAUCCACCUCUACAUCAACUCCCCCGGAGGCUCCGUGACCGCCGGCCUCGCCAUCUACGACACAAUGACUUACAUCGCCUCCCCCGUGAGCACAAUCUGCGUGGGCCAAGCCGCCUCGAUGGGUUCGUUGCUGCUCUGUGGUGGACACCCGGGCAAGCGGUUCUGCUUGCCGCAUAGCUCUAUCAUGAUGCAUCAGCCGUCGGGAGGGUAUUUUGGUCAAGCGAGUGAUAUUGCCAUCCAUGCGAAGGAGAUAUUGAGGGUGCGGAGCCAGUUGAAUAAGAUUUAUAAGAGGCAUUUGACGGGAAAGAAGGAGAUGACGUUGGAUGAGAUUGAGAAGUUGAUGGAGAGGGAUUAUUUCAUGGGCGCGAAGGAGGCGCUGGAUAUGGGGAUUGUGGAUGAGAUUUUAGAUAGGAGGGCGGCGCCUGGUGGGGAGGGGGGUGAGGCGAUGCCGUGA